AAGCCCGACCGGUGGCGGGCCAAGCGAGGAGCCGGCGUUUUUAUAUGAGAGCUAAAUCCUAGGUGUAUGGUCGGUCGCUUCUCCUCAUCUUGCCCCUUUCGCCUCUCUUCUUCUCGUCCCUUCUCCCUCUCGUUUUUUCAUUAGUUUCGGGUGAAAUGGGGGAGGCGAAGCCCAAGAGCCAGGCCGGAGUUUGGAACACCGUCAAGCCCUUCGCCAAUGGUGGGGCUUCCGGGAUGCUCGCCACCUGCGUGAUCCAGCCAAUCGAUAUGGUCAAGGUGAGGAUCCAAUUGGGUCAGGGAUCGGCACUCCAAGUGACAAAGAAAAUGCUCGCCCAAGAGGGAUUUGGCUCGUUUUACAAGGGAUUGUCAGCUGGUUUACUAAGGCAAGCUACUUACACAACUGCACGGCUGGGAUCCUUCAGGGUGUUGACAAGUAAAGCAGUUGAGGCGAAUGAUGGGAAACCACUACCUCUACUACAGAAAGCUUUUAUUGGGCUGACAGCUGGAGCAAUUGGAGCAUGUGUUGGCAGUCCAGCUGAUUUGGCACUCAUCCGAAUGCAGGCAGAUGCAACUUUACCUCUAGCACAGAGGCGAAACUAUAAAAAUGCCUUCCAUGCGCUCUAUCGUAUUAUUGCCGAUGAAGGGGUUCUAGCACUUUGGAAAGGUGCAGGCCCUACUGUAGUUAGAGCAAUGGCAUUAAAUAUGGGCAUGCUUGCCUCGUAUGAUCAGAGCGUCGAGUUUUUCAGAGAUUCACUUGGUUUGGGGGAAGUUAGUACUGUAGUUGGGGCUAGUGCUGUUUCAGGAUUCUUUGCUUCAGCUUGCAGCUUACCUUUUGAUUAUGUCAAAACACAAAUACAAAAGAUGCAGCCAGAUGCAACUGGGAAAUAUCCAUACACUGGAUCGCUGGACUGUGCUGUGAAGACCUUGAAAAGUGGCGGACCUUUCAAAUUUUACACUGGGUUUCCUGUUUACUGUGUGAGGAUCGCUCCCCAUGUCAUGAUGACAUGGAUAUUUUUGAACCAAAUCCAGAAGAUUGAGAAGGCAGCGGGAUUGUAGAAGUCCUAACCUAUUGGGGAUCUCAGUAUGCAUUGACUUCAAACUAUUUAUAAUGAAUUUACGGCUUUUGAAUCUGUAGUAGAGACUGGUUUUGAUAUCAUGAUAACCUUUAUUUCGUACCUUUAGAUUGUGAUACCUAAUGGUUUUUUGGGACGUAAUAAUCUGCCAUGUAUUUGGGAAGCAUUUCCGUUUAAAGUUUUGGUCAGCCGUCAGGUGAUUGGCAGCAUAGGAAAAUUCUAUUCCAACUUCUGCUAUCAAAUGAAUUGAAGAAUUUAGUUAUA